AUGCCUUCACUUCCGCCCAUUUCAGGCCUUCCGUCACUGGAUGCCGAACAGCGAGCGGAGGUGUUAGACACGCUGUUCGAACCAUGUCAGCAACUUCAUACCUUGUCUGUGAGCUUACUGCGAGAAAAGACCUUCUCCUCAUACGACGAGCUCAUCGGCGCCGUGGGUAGCCAAUUGAAGGAGCUGUACGAGUCGGACUUGGAAAGCGACACGCGAUGGCUCGACUCCAUCCUUUCUGCACAUCCUCGUCUGGGCGAGAAGAAGGUGGACAGCGAACAGAGCCGCAAGGAGCAGGCUCAACUGAACCAAGGUGGGCCUGAGGAGGCACAGAAGUUGGCCGAGAUGAACAGGAAGUACGAGGAGACGUUUCCGGGACUGAGAUAUGUAGUCUUUGUCAACGGACGCAGUCGUCCCGUCAUCAUGGAAGACAUGCAGAGACGGAUCAAUCGCGGCGACGGGAAACAGGAGAAGCAGGAUGCCAUCCAAGUGAGGAUCAUAUCUUAUUCAACAUGCUCGUAG